CACAUCAGCCGUGGGGCUUGGCUUUCCUUUACCUCUAGAAGGAUUUCUUGUGAUCAUGGAUUUUCUCUAGUUCUUGUAGAACAAGCAUGAGGCCCUCAGCAUUGUCCCGGAGAUUGCGACGGCUCCAGGUGAUAGAGAUGAGAAUUCAAAUGCCAAGGGCGCAGCUUUGAAUGCCUAACUAUCCAAAAUUCAAGCCUUCCCCUUCUAUAUAUAUGCAUCAAAGCCUUCAACUCUCGAGAAUUUAAGACUGUUAUAGCUUGCCUGCUCCCCACAACAAAGCCUUGAGCAAGGUCUCUCCUUGUACUGCAAUCUUUGAUCACCUUUUUUUGCCACCCUCUCCUCUUGCAAUCUAUAUUCCUGCAUCUGUCUAUAUAUAUAUCCAGCUACCUGGUUAGUAACAUAUAGAGAUCAAGAUGGGAUUGAGAGACAUCGAGUCCACACUUCCUCCAGGGUUCAGGUUCUACCCAAGUGAUGAGGAGCUUGUUUGCCACUAUCUCUACAAGAAGGUGACCAACGAGAGUAUCUCUGGGGGAACACUGGUUGAGGUGGAUUUGCAUACUCGCGAGCCUUGGGAGCUUCCAGAUGUGGCUAAGCUAAGUGCGAACGAGUGGUACUUCUUCAGUUUCCGGGAUCGCAAGUAUGCCACUGGCUCGAGAACCAAUCGCGCAACCAAGACCGGAUAUUGGAAGGCCACCGGAAAGGAUCGAACGAUCCAUGAUCCUGCAUCGCGUGUGAUCGUUGGUAUGAGGAAGACAUUAGUGUUCUACCGAGGGCGAGCUCCCAAUGGGGUGAAGACUGGUUGGGUCAUGCAUGAGUUCCGGUUGGAGACCCCACAUUCACCCCCUAAGGAGGACUGGGUGCUGUGCAGAGUUUUUCACAAGAGAAAAGGGGAGACGGAGCUGGCCGACAACAUUGGCUCCUCCUCCCCAACUUCGGGUCCUUCCUCUUCCAUGGCGGACCAGCCCAUGGCGGAUGGGUGCUACGACCAGAUGAGCUCGUCGCUGGCCGCCGUCACUCACCAAGAGGAGAGCAACGCAAACCCACUCCUCAAUUUGGCACUGAUGCACUGCAACUUUCUUGACUUCCCACAGGAGAUGGGGAUGGGCUCAAGGGGAGGGGAUGAGUAUGGGUUCCUCUUGGAUAUGGGGUUUGAGGACCCUGACGUGGGGGAGGGGGCCAUGCCAAACCUAGGAGAUGUGAGAUUCCAAGGUGGCCAGGAUAAGCUAUACUUUUAGAGACUUUGGAUUCUAGGGAGGAUAUGGUUGUUGGGAGGGAGAUGCAUGCUUCCAAACUAGGCAUUUCAUGUUGAUUUGGAUUUGAAGAGAAUGAUUGAGGUGGUAUAUGUGUACCUGUUACCUAGUAGGUGAUCAACUACACGGCAAUGUCGUUUUUUUUGUAAAUAUUACGUUUGUUGCAUCUAAUAAAAAGCUAUUUAUGUGCAAGAAAAAAAAAUUGGAAUGAGUGCUUAAUUAUUUA